AUGAAUAAUACCAUGUUUAAAUCGAAGAAUGGUUAUAUUUAACUUAAAAUUGCUGUAGAGGAUAUACCUGCAAACUUUAAAAUGCUUAAACCGAAGAAUGGUUAUGCUGACAUUAAUGUUGAUGAAGAAGAUAAACCUAAUAAACUUGUUACAUUUUGUGCUUCUUAUGAUCAACAUUUUUUUGUUCAGCCACUUGAUCCUGAUUACGAACAUAGAUACACAGGUGAACGUGAACAAAUAAUCAAAAAUAAAAACAUAAAUAAAAGUGUCGAUAUUGAAUGUCCAAGAAUUAGAAUCACAAGAAAUACAAGUAAACAAAAAAAAAAUUCUGAUCCUGAUUACAAACAUAGAUUCACAGAUGAACGUGAACAAAUAAUCAAAAAUAAAAACAUAAAUGAUAUAAGUUUCGAUUUUGAAUGUCCAAAAAUUAAAAUCACAAGAAAUACAAGUAAACAAAAAAAAAUUGACAUGAAUAAUGUGGAAAAUAACAUAACAGAGAAUAGUAUAAGGUGUUCUUCUUUCAAUGACAAGAUAAAAAAUUUUAACAAAGCACAUAAGAAAAAAUUGGGAAAAAAACAAAACUUUAUUGUCAGUAAGAAGAAGAAAAAUCAUGAACAAAUGAAUGAAUAUACUUUGCUUACAAAUACAGAUACAGAAAAAAAUGCUUCGAAUACUAACACAGACAAAAAAAUAAAUAAUAAGACUAUUAAUACAAGCGAUGAAAAAAAAUCUUUGAUAAGUAUUAUAAACAAAAAUAAUAAUACUUGGACUUGUAGUAAUACAUAUGAAGAUAUAAAUCCAUCAACUAGUAUUACUCAUAAAGAAACAAAUACAUUGACUACUAAUAUUUUGACUAGCAAUGAACAUAACAAAAUAAAUAUGUUAACUACUAAUACUCAAACAAGCAAAGAAAAAAAUGCAUUUCUUAGUAAUAAAAACAAAGAUGAAAAAAUAUUGACUAGUAAUAUAAUCAAAGAUAAAAAUACUUUAAUUGCUUGUAAUACUGAUAAUACACAUGAAGAAAUAAUUACGUUAACUAGUAAUACUCUUACUCUCAAAGAAAAAAAUGCACUGAUUAGUAAUAUAAAUAAAGAUGAAAAUACUUUCACUGGUACUAAUACACCUACAAUUGUAACAUCUAAAAUUAAUAUUACACCUUCAAUUAAAAGCUGUGUGAACAAGUUUAUUGGUGUUGAGGAUGAUAUUAGAAAUAUUGACAACGAUAGCGAUCAAAAUCAUACAGACCAUCGUGAUGGAGAGCCUAAUUUGGUGAAAGAUAAUAUGAUAUCUAUUUAUUGUAAAGAAAAUUGGCCCACAAUUUUAAACAAAUUGAGUGAUCCUUUGAAAGGAAUUAAGGUGUUUGAAAGUAUUUUAUUUAACAAAGCGUAUAAACUAAUGAUGCGUCAAUCUACUAAAAAUAAAUUACAUAUUGAUAAAAUGAAAGGCCUUAACGUUAAUUGGAAAUUAAAGUUUGAAUGCUUGGCAUUUAAAAUGAAAAAAAUUAUAGAAAGUACAAAAUGUGAUACAAAUACAAGACAUACCGGUAUUCAAAAUCAAAAUCAAAUGGAUACAACAUUAUGUAAAAAUAUUGGAGUUGAAGAGAAAGAAAGCAAUUCGAGUGUAAACAAAAAAGAUAUUAAGACAACUAAAUACAAAGAAAUCAAAACAAAUAUACCUUCCACACAGGUGAUGGCAGAUACGAAUAUUCCACUAAGUACAACAGUUUCAAUAUUAAGCCCGGAAUCGUUAAAAAGUAACAAAAGAAAUUUAACCGAAUCUGACACAUGUAUUACAAGAACUAAAGCUAAAAUAAAAAAAACUCAACAUUCUUCUAUUCCAAUUUUUGAUCAUAUAAAUGUACAUAUUCCUCCAGAUGCAACAGCUUUAAGAAUAAGCCCAAAAUCAUUAUAUACUAAACAAAACAAUUUAAUUCAAUUUGAAUCUGGUAUUAAGAUGACCCAAUCUAAAACGAUUGAGUCUAAUGAACAGUCUACUUCAGUGUCUACGAAUUUAUGUCAAAAUCCACAAAGUUCGACUCAAAAUGACCAAGAAAUUGAAAUAUCUGAAAUAAUUGAAUCCAAUAUGAUUAAUUAUUAUGAACCUUCUACUCCAGCAUCCACUGAUAUAACUGUAAACAAUCCACAGGUUAUAACAACUUCAGGAUGCAAUUAUUUGUUAAGUAAUCAAAAAACUAUUUCGACACAACAUAACACAAAUAUCAAGAAAACUAAAUCAAAAAUAAUGGAGUCUACUCCUGCGUACAUUGAUUUAACUGUAGACAGUCCACCAGAUAUGAGAGCUUCAAGUGUAAACCCAAAUAUGUUAAAUGGUCAAUCAAGUUUGACUCAAUGCAAUACUCAACUUGAGUGUUAUGAACCUUCUACUUCAGCAUCCAUUGAUUUACCUGUAAAUAAUAUAUUCACUCAAUAUAAUAAUGGUAUUAAGGUGAUUUCAUCACUGUCCACUGAUUUAAGUAGUAAUAGUCCAACAUUUUCAAGUCCAUCUCUGAGGGCAAUUACUCCGAACGGUAGUCCUGCUUUGCUUGGUCGACAAAAUGUAGAGGUACUUGUGGUUCAGAAAGAUUCACAACUUACGACAAUGAAAUCAAAUAGAAUAAAACAAGCACAUUGGAAGAGCCCUAAAAACUUGACAAUAUUUACACAAAAUACUAUAUUACAUGAAAAUUCUUGUCUUCCAGUUGCAGUAAAACGAGCAUUAAAACCUAAUUUAUCUCCACCAUCUCCAAUGUUCAAUAAGCUUCUUACAAGACCGACUAGUACAAUUCUAAAACUGGAUAAAAGAAAUACAUUAAAUACACCCACCAAUAAUCAAAUAAACGCACCAUUACCUAAUGAUCACCUUUUUCGGGAAUCGAAUAAUUCAACAGUGUAA